ACUCCCAUCAUAACAAAAGUACCAUAUACACUCCUUCAGCUCUAGACAGUUCAAAGUACAGGUUACAGUGUUACACUUCCUUCCAAACCAUAUUUAUCACACAAGUGCAACAGAGAAAGAGCAACAAACAAAAAUGAAGAAUUGGGGUCUGCUUUUCUGUGCUCUUCUGCUUCUUCAAAAUCAGGGAAUUCUUUUCCAACAAGUAGAAGCAGAAGAUGGGUUUGUGAAAACCAAAGGAGUCCAGUUUAUCCUGAAUGGAAUCCCUUAUUAUGCACAUGGAUUCAAUGCUUACUGGUUAAUGUACAUAGCCUCUGACCCAUCUCAGAGAAACCUUGUUUCCUCUGCCUUUCAACAAGCCUCCAAAAAUGGCCUCACAAUUGCAAGAACUUGGGCUUUCAACGAUGCUGGUUACAGAGCCUUACAGAACUCUCCCGGCUCCUACAACGAGCAAACUUUCCAGGGGUUGGAUUUUGUGGUAUCUGAGGCAAGAAAGUAUGGGAUAAAGUUGGUGCUGAGUUUGGUGAAUAGCUAUGAGAACUUUGGAGGCAGGAAACAGUAUGUGGAAUGGGCAAGAAGCCAAGGACAGCAGUCUAUAAAUUCUGAGGAUGAUUUCUACACCAACUCUGUUGUGAAAGGCUACUACAAAAAUCAUAUCAAGACUGUACUCACGAGAAGGAAUAGUCUCACUGGAGUUGCUUACAAAGAUGAACCGACUAUUAUGGCUUGGGAGCUGAUGAAUGAACCAAGAUGCACUUCUGAUCCAUCAGGAAAAACCAUUCAGGCUUGGAUUACAGAGAUGGCGUCUUACUUGAAAUCUAUUGAUGGAAGUCACUUGCUAGAAGCUGGUCUUGAAGGCUUUUAUGGAGAAUCAAAGCAACAAACUAAUCCAAAAUAUUUUGAAGUUGGAACAGAUUUUAUUGCAAACAAUCAGAUUCCUGGGAUUGACUUUGCCACUGUUCACUCAUACCCUGACCAAUGGUUAACCGGGUCAAGUUACGAAGACCAAGUCUCUUUCUUGAGCAGUUGGGUCAAUGAUCACAUCCAAGAUGCACAGAACAUUCUUCAUAAACCAGUUCUCUUUGCUGAGUUUGGAAGGUCUUUAAAAGAGUCGGGCUAUACCACCAGCCAACGUGACCAGAUUUUCAACACUGUCUACUCGGCUAUCUACUCGUCGGCUAGGGGUGGAGGCGCAGCUGUUGGUGGUUUGUUCUGGCAACUUCUAUCUGAAGGAAUGGACUCUUUUCAAGACGGGUACGGGGUAGUGUUGAGUGAGAGCUCCUCAACAGUUAGUAUAAUUGCUGAGGAGUCCCAUAGGCUUAUCAAGAUUCGGAAGAUGUAUGCCAGGCUGAGAAACAUUGAGAAGUGGAAGCAAGCAAGGGAUAUCAGAAGGGCACAAUGGUGGUCUGGAAAUAAGGUUAACGAUACAGGAAACUGAAAUGAAUAAAGUAACAAGACUCGGUAGUUGAAACUUUCAUACUUAUAAAUUUUAAUGCGUGUAAUGCAAGUGAAUGCCCACUUUGCGAUGAGUUUUGUUCAUCCAAGGGAGUAGGUUGUUAAUUGUUCUACGAUUUGAUAAGUAACAGUCCAUGAACUUUAUUAUAUAUAAAAGAUAGCACUUUUAAUUUUAUCAA